AUGUCGAAGGCUACCAUCGCCGUUAUUGCCGCCGUGAGCGCCGCCGGUGGUGCUGCGGCCACCGCUGCCAUGUUCUCCCUCAAGAGUGACAAGAAGAUCGACACCCCUCUCAACGCUCCCGUCGCUACUUCUCCCAAGCCCGCCCCAGUCCCCGCCAGCCAGGUCUUCAGCGCGCCCGCCCCCGUUCCCGCUGCCGCUCCUCUCCCUCCUGCCGCCGGCAGUCCCAAGAUCGUCGACCCCUCGGGCCUCUUUGAGUAUGGCUUCCCGGGCCCCGUCGCCGACCUGGCGACCCGCCAAGGCUUCGUGUCCUCGUACGACCGGCGCAGCAAGAACCCUCACUGGACAGUCGAGCACAUCACGCCCGAGUCCUUGUCCAUCUCCAACGGCGACCGCAAGAAGUCCACUUUCCUCGAAGACGACGCGAUCCCCGAAAAGUUCCGCGGCAAGCUCAAGGACUACUUCCGCUCCGGCUUCGACCGGGGCCACCAGGUUCCCGCCGCUGACUGCAAGUGGUCGCAGCAGGCCAUGGACGAGACCUUCUACCUGUCCAACAUGUGCCCGCAAGUGGGCGAAGGGUUCAACCGCGACUACUGGGCGCACUUUGAGGAUUUCUGCCGUCGCUUGACGAAGCAGUACCCUUCGGUCCGCAUCGUCACGGGCCCGCUAUACCUGCCCAAGCGCGACCCCCAGGAUAACAAGUGGUACGUCAAGUACGAGAUGAUCGGGCAGCCGCCCAACGUCGCCGUGCCGACGCACUUUUACAAGGUCAUUUUCGCCGAGGACGGCAACAAGGGCGGAAACGUUGCGCUGGGCGCCUUCGUGCUGCCCAACGCCAAGAUCCCCAACGAUAAGCCGCUGCAGGACUUUGAGGUGCCCCUCGAGGCGGUCGAGAGGGCCAGCGGUCUCGAGUUUGCCAACAAGUUGCCGGUGCAGAGGCGGAAGAGGCUGUGUGCGGAGACGAACUGCUCCGUUAUUGUGAAGGAGUAUGCUCAGAGGCAGAACUCUUUUGGCAGGAAACAGUAA